AUCAUUGUUGUGACUAGCCUCACUGACCUUGCAUACAUAAUCGUCAACAACAUUCGUAAUAAAUACGAUCUACGUCGUAUAUGGAACACCUUCAAAUAAAGUGAUUGGAGUUAAUACAAUUUAAAAUGAAGUCUGGGAUAACUUUUGGUAUAUUUUUUAUUAUGAGUUGUUUCUUGAAAGAAGGUCUUUCUUUAAGAUGCUGGAAUUGCAGAUCAGAUACUGAUCCGAGUUGUGCUGAUCCUUUCAAUAACGCAACCCUUCCUUUAACCUAUUGCGAAACGUUAGCGAAUGACCUGACUAUUGAUCACAACAGAUGUAGAAAAGUUGUGAAAAAAGAAAAUGGUGAAUGGGUAACAUUUAGGAGUUGUGGCCGUCGAACGGAUCCAGAAAUCCAGGGAGACGAACCGUCAUGCACGAUAAAAUCAGAAAAUAAUAUGCAGUUGUGUGUUUGCAGCAAAUUGGAUGGAUGCAACAUAUCUUCCAUAGUUCAA